AUGGCAGGAGAGAUGGGGCCCGUUCUGCUGCUGCACUGUAAAGCGGUGCGGGAGGUAAAAGGGUGAGAUGGAGGGAGAGCGAGAGAGAGGAGAAGGCCAUUAGCAUUCACAGGGUGUUGUUUGGUGCUGGCGCCGUCCCUCUGCGCCGAUUCAGGCGUCGUUGAUUAAUUUCAGCCUAUUAGCACCCCCCUUUCCUCAUCUCCCGCCCCUCCCAGGUUAAUUCCCCAUGCCAGCGUGCAGAGUCGGGGGCUUCUGGUGUGAGCGAUGGAAGAGGGAUUGCCAGGGAGCGUGUUGUUGUCAGAACUGUAUUAAUGAGAACACCACUCUGGUCCUAUGGACAGGGGGACUGUGUUUCUGGCUGCGUGCGGUUGCUCUGUCGAGGCCUGGCCUAGUUUCUCCUCUCACCAGGGAUCCAAGGGCUGAUGCAGAUCACCUGACAGUGGCUCGACUGCUCAACCCUGGGGGGGGGGGGGGGGGUAAAAUUGACAGAAUGGUAGAAAUGUUGUCAUAUUUAGUGUGGAGACAACAAACCUAUGGUGCUAUUAACCUUCUGUAAAUGGUGUGGUCUAUAUAUUAUUUGGGGCCAAAGUUUUUGUUCCACUGAGUUUUCACUGGUUUUUCACGCUGAACAGUUUCCCAUGUGUAUCAAGAAUGGUCCACCAUCCAAAGGACAUCCAGCCAACUUGACACAACUGUAGGAAGCAUUGGAGUCAACAUGGGCCAGCAUCCCUGUGGAAUGCUUUAGACACCAUGUAGACUCCAUGCCCCGACAAAUUGAGGCUGUUCUGAGGGCAAAACACAGUGUUAGGAAAGUCUUCUUAAUGUUUUGUCAAGUCAGUAUAUGUUCUGUAGUAUUAGGUUGCACCCCCCUUGACAAAAGGUACCAUCUCUUAAAUGUUGGAUCAUUACAGACCUUGGAAAGGAUCUUGCACACAUAGAAGGAUUUUGUUAGCAUCCCAGUGUGUCUUUGUGUCAGUGGCUAGUAAGAAGUGAGGUCAGACAGUGGGUAAGUGGUAGAGGCCUGCCGGUCUCUGAAGGCAGUUCUCUGCAGGAGCCUCUGCUGCCCACCUGUCCUCCACAGCUGGUCACAACACACCUGGCCUCACCGCCAUACAGAGCGUGCACACCUGGAUGCUUCUCACUUGAUUAAUCUGUUUCAUUUAGAGCAGCUCAUAACAGCUAGGAGCAUUUUAGUGUCCUCCAUCAUCACUGCAUGGCUAGUACAGCGUAAACAAGUGCUGUGUGAGAGAUGAGACAGUACACAGGUGAAGGGUUGUGUGUGGACUCUUCUAUGAUGAUUGAGGACCAGUUCUAUGUCUUGUGAGAGGGAGGUGUGAAACUAAUAUUCCCAUGAGUAUUGGACUGGUUGGUUAACUUGGUUUAGGUUAUUGGUGUCAGUUAAGCCUGAGAGGCUCUAUUAAAAGCUGUCAUCAAUAUCCCAUUAACUCCUAGCAUGCCAAUCUACUCCAUUAGGAAAGUCUAAUGGCAUUAAAGUUUCAGAAGGCCUGGCUUCACUGUGGCACUUGACGCCUUGCAUCCGCAGAAAAGGGCAAAGAAAGAAAGAAAGAAGCGCUGAAUAUGGAGAAGAGAGUGAGGGACAGCAACACAAAGGUUAAAAGGUAAAGAAAUAAAAUAAGGAAAUCUGAAUUGAGAGGUAGUGUGAGAAGGAAGCAGAGGGAGAAGGGAUCAGGCUAGUCUCCGUGGAUGUGGUGAUGAGGUUCAGUACAGGAGUGGGCGGCUGGCUCCAGCUUAAGCAACUCCGCACCGCUCUGUAGCCUGCUGAAUUAUUCACUAACCCUCUAAUCGGCUCUGUGCCCACUGGGGCAGAGUGGCGACACGGUGGUCCACCCGCCCGUGCCGGCCCACCCUGACCUGUGAGUUUAGAGCUGUGUCAGUGCUGCUCCGCACACGAGGGUUCACGACUCCAGCCUCGGCAUACACUUGUCUUCAUCGAACCGAUUACCUCUUUACACUGUGGUUGAUGGGACACACACAGACUGUGGCAGACACACAAAGCGGUUGACCCCAUGACCCUACAGAGCUCCGAGGGAUGUUCUCCUGGUAGCAGGGCUGACCUCGCUCUGCUCAUUAACACAGUAGAUCACAGGACAGGUCCCCUGAACGGAAUAAAGUUAUUCUACACUCUUCAGAAUGUAGUCCUCAGCACAAUUAUUCAGUGAAAGUGCAAAUAUACUGUACUUUUGAGUUUCUGUAGCUGUAUUACUGUACCUGUUAUGCAGUGGCUUUGUAUUCACACUGACUAUACAAAACAUUAAGAACACCUGCUCUUUCCAUGACAUGGACUGACCAGGUGAAUCCAGGUGAAAGCUAUGAUUCUUUAUUGAUGUCACUUGUUAAAUCAAUUUCAAUCAGUGUAGAUGAAGGGGAGAAGAGAGGUUAAAGAUUUGUAAUCCUUGAGACAAUUGAGACAUGGAUUGUGUAUGUGAGCCAUUCAGAGGGUGAAUGGGCAAGACAAAAUAUUUAAGUGCCUUUGAACGGGGUAUGGUAGUAGGUGCCAGGCGCACCGGUUUGUGUCAAGAACUGCAAUGCUGCAGUUUUUUUCAUGUUCAACAGUUUCCUGUGUGUAUCAAGAAUGGUCUACCACCCAAAGGAUCCAGCCAACUUGACACAACUGUGUGAUGCAUUGGAGUCAACAUGGGCCAGCCAGCAUCCCCGUGGAAUGCUUUCGACACCAUGUAGAGUCCAUGCCCCGAUGAAUUGAGGCAACUCAAUAUUAGGAAGGCAUUCUUAAUGUUUGGUAUACUCAGUGUAUACAGUAUACUGUAGCUCAUGUAAUGUUGUGUGAUUUGCUGUCUUCCUCAGGUAAGCGACUACAGGAGUGGAUCAGUGUAGUUCUGUGCCUCUCUCUCUUCAUCAUCAACCUUUCCUUCCUUCUCCUCAACUUCUCCACUGUGCACAUCUACAAAAUCAUCUUCGGCAUCCGUAAGUUUCUCUAACACAUUUUUUGUUGUUUCUCUUUGAAAUGACCUUGAAAUAGUCUGAAAUUACAGUAUGUCUUCAAAAAAUGUAUUGUCUGAUAUUAUGGCAAAAGAUUUGUGUAUGGUAAAAUACUUUUCCCUCCUUUCCUCCCUGCUCCCCACUCCAGUAAUGGGGAUAGUGAUGGCAGACUUUGCCUCUGGUAUGGUGCACUGGGGAGCAGACACCUGGGGCUCUGUGGACAUCCCUGUCCUUGGGAAGGUAAGGUACAGGGUUCAGAGUUCAAGGUCAUUUCCAGACCUCAGACUCAUCAUUUGACUCUUGAGAAGGAUUACAAAUGACUAUAGUGCCUUCAGAAAGUAUUCACACCACUUGACUUUUUCCACAUUUUGUUGUGUUACAGCCUGAAUUUAAAAUGGAUUGAAUUUAGAUUUUGUCACUGGCCUACACAAUACCCCAUAAUGUCAAAGUGGAAUUAGGUUUUUCAAAUUUGUACUAAUUAAUUAAAAAUGAAAAGCUGAAAUACGUUGAGUCAAUAAGUAUUCAACCCCUUUAUUAUGGUAAGCCUAAAUAAGUUCAGGAGUAAAAAUGUGCUUAAUAAGUUGCAUGGAUUCACUCUGUGUGCAAUAAUAGUGUUUAACACCUAAUCUCUGUACUCCACACAUACAAUUAUCUGUAAGGUUGAGCAGUGAAUUGCAAACAGAUUCAACCACAAAGACCAGGGAGGUGUUCCAAUGCCUCGCAAAGACGGGCACCUAUUGGUAGCUGAGUAAAAAAAGAAGCAGACAUUGAAUAUCUAUUUGAUCAUGGUUAAGUUAUUCAUUACACUUUGGAUGGUGUAUCAAUACACCCAGUUACUACAAAGAUACAGGCUUUCUUCCUAACUAAGUUGCCGGAGAGGAAGAAAACCGCUUAUGGAUUUCACCAUGAGACCAAUGGUGUCUUUAAAACAGUUACAGAGUUUAAUGGCUGUGAUAGGAGAAAACGGAGGAUGGAUCAACAACAUUGUAGUUACUCCACAAUACUAACCUAAUUGAUAGAAUAAACAUAUUCCAAAACAUGCAUCCUGUUUGCAACAAGGCACCAAAAUAAUACUGCCAAAAAAGUGGCAAAGCAAUUAACUUUUUUGUUGUUUUUGUUUGGGGCAAAUCCAAUAAAAGAAAUUAGAGUACCACGCUCUAUAUUUUCAAGCAUAGUGGUGGCUGCAUCAUGUUAUGGGUAUGAUUGUAAUCGUUAAGGACUGGGGAGUUUUUCAGGAUAAAAAAAUUAACGGAAUGGAGCUAAGCACAGGCAAAAUCCUAGAGGAAAACCUGGUUCAGUCUGCUUUCCACCAGACACUGGGAGACAAAUUUACCUUUCAGCAGAACAAUAACCUAAAACACAAGGCCAAAACAACACUGGAGUUGCUUACUAAGAAGACGGUGAAUGUUCCUGAGUGGUCGAGUUACAGUGUUGACUUAAAUAUGCCUGAAAAUGUAUGGUAAGACUUGAAAAUGGUUCUCUAGCAAUGAUCAACAACCAAUUUGACAGAGCUUGAAUAAUUUUUUUAAGAAUAAUGGGCAAAUAUUGUACAAUCCAGGUGUGCAAAACUCUUAAACUUACCCAGAAAGACUCACAGCUGUAAUCGCUGCCAAAGGUGAUUCUAACAUGUAUUGACUCAGGGGUGUGGAUACUUAUGUAUCUGGUCCUCUGUAGCUCAAUUGGUAGAGCAUGGCGCUUGUAACGCCAGGGUAGUGGGUUCGAUCCCCGGGACCACCCAUACGUAAAAAUGUAUGCGCACAUGACUGUAAGUCGCUUUGGAUAAAAGCGUCUGCUAAAUGGCAUAUUAUAUUAUUAUUAUUAUUUAUGUAAAUUAGAUAUUUCUGUAUUUCAUUUUCAAUAAGUUUACAAAAAUUUCUAAAAGCAUGUUUUCACUUUGUCAUUGUGUGGUAUUGUGUAGAUGAGUGAGGAAAACAAAUAUAUUUUGAAUUCAGGCUGUAACACAACAAAAUGUGGAAUAAGUCAAGGGGUAUAAAUACAGUGGCUUGCGAAAGUAUUCACCCCCCUUGGCAUUUUUCCUAUUUUGUUGCCUUACAACCUGCAAUUAAAAUGGAUUUUUUUUUUGGGGGGGGGGGGGUUGUAUCAUUUGAUUUACACAACAUGCCUACCACUUUGAAGAUGCAAAAUAUUUUUUUUUGUGAAACAAACAAGAAAUAAGAUUUUUUUUAAAACAGAACACGAGCGUGCAUAACUAUUCACCCCCCCAAAGUCAAUGCUUUGUAGAGCCACCUUUUGCAGCAAUUACAGCUGCAAGUCUGUUGGGGUAUGUCUCUAUAAGCUUGACACAUCUAGCCACUGGGAUUUUUGCCCAUUCUUCAAGGCAAAACUGCUCCAGCUCCUUCAAGUUGGAUGGGUUCCGCUGUGGUACAGCAAUUUUUAAGUCAUACCACAGAUUCUCAAUUGGAUUGAGGUCUAGGCUUUGACUAGGCCAUUCCAAGACAUUAAAAUGUUUCCCCUUAAACCACUCAAGUGUUGCUUUAGCAGUAUGCUUAGGGUCAUUGUCCUGCUGGAAGGUGAACCUCCGUCCCAGUCUCAAAUCUCUGGAAGACUAAAACAGGUUCAAGUAUUUCCCUGUAUUUAGCGCCAUCCAUCAUUCCUUCAAUUCUGACCAGUUUCCCAGUCCCUGCCGAUGAAAAACAUCCCCACAGCAUGAUGCUGCCACCACCAUGGUGUUCUCCGGUGAUGAGAGGUGUUGGGUUUGCGCCAGACAUAGCGUUUUCCUUGAUGGCCAAAAAGCUCAGCUUUAGUCUCAUCUGACCAGAGUACCUUCUUCCAUAUGUUUGGGGAGUCUCCCACAUGCCUUUUCGCGAACACCAAACGUGUUUGCUUAUUCUUUUCUUCAAGCAAUGGCUUUUUUCUGGCCACUCUUCCGUAAAGCCCAGCUCUGUGGAGUGUACGGCUUAAAGUGGUCCUAUGGACAGAUACUCCAAUCUCAGCUGUGGAGCUUUGCAGCUCCUUCAGGGUUAUCUUUGGUCUCUUUGUUGCCUCUCUGAUUAAUGCCCUCCUUGCCUGGUCCGUGAGUUUUGGUGGGCGGCCCUGUCUUGGCAGGUCUGUUGUGGUGCCAUAUUCUUUCAAUUUUUUAAUAAUGGAUUUAAUGGUGCUCCGUGGGAUGUUCAAAGUGUCGGAUAUUUUUUUAUAACCCAACCCUGAUCUGUACUUCUCCACAACUUUGUUCCUGACCUGUUUGGAGAGCUUCUUGGUCUUCAUGGUGCCGCUUGCUUGGUGGUGCCCCUUGCUUAGUGGUGUUGCAGACUCUGGGGCCUUUCAGAACAGGUGUAUAUAUACUGAGAUCAUGUGACAGAUCAUGUGACACUUAGAUUGCACACAGGUGGACUUUAUUUAAAUAAUUAUGUGACUUCUGAAGGUAAUUGGUUGCACCAGAUCUUAUUUAGGGGCUUCAUAGCAAAGGGGGUGAAUACAUAUGCGCGCACCACUUUUCCGUUAUUGAUUUUUUUGAAUUUUAUGAAAUAAGUUCUUUUUUUUCAUUUCACUUCACCAAUUUGGACUAUUUUAUAUAUGUCCAUUACAUGAAAUCAAUUUAAAUUACAGGUUGUAAUGCAACAAAAUAGGAAAAUCGCCAAGGAGGAUGAAUACUUUUACAAGGCACUGUACUUUCUGAAGGCACUGUACAUACAUAUCAGUCAUAUGAGAGAUUGUUAGGCAAAACAAAGGCAAAACAUAAUAUAAUCUAAUUUCUCAAUGAGUUAUAUCAGUGAAGUCACACCCACACUGUCUGUAUACCUGUGCUUUUGCAAUCCACCGCCCAGCACACCGACGCCCACCCCCACUGUCCUGCUCCUGUGCUGAGCAGGCCACAUCCAGCCAGUCUCCCCCUUCCUGUCCCUCCUACAUCCCAGUUGUGUGAAGGGUACAGUCAUCCAGGGUUAUUACCAUACAGUAGCACUGGGCUUUAUUGGUCUGUAGUGGUUUAUCCUCCCUUGGCUUCUCCAAGCAAAAUGUCAUCCUAUCCCCCAGGAUAUACUACUACCUUUCUGCCUGGACCCCCCAAGCCACCACCACAGCCACCCCAGCCCACCUUCUACACAUUGCCCACCCCUCUGGGGCUGGGGUUACAGCACCCUGGGCUCCGUAUUAAUGCAUAAGCACAACUUGGUCAUGCUCCCCUCUCCCAAUUAAAGAAAAGGUCAUUCUUAUCCUGUCCAAUUAAAAGAGCACCUGGCCCUUAUGUUGUGUGGUUGGUGUCAUCUUUGAGGUGAUGAAUCGCUGGCUGUGUGUGUAUUUUUGCUGAUGAUGGGGCUUAUUGUUCUAUUGUCAGGGGACAGGGGGAGAAAGGGGGUUAGGAGGGAAUUGGCAUUUCAAUCUCCAACUCUGCUUAUGAUUGUGUAUCCAGUAUGUGUAAUGGCGUCACUGAUCUUCACAAAUAUUUAUGUUAAACUGCAUACAUAUUAUUAUAAAGUAUCGUAUUUUGACUGUAUUCAGACUGUUUCUAUGACCAAAGCACAGCUGUGUGGUGAAGUCAGGUGUAACACUGAGACAGUACCAGGGUUGUUCCACCUCAAAAAGCACAAUAGAGGAUUUCGACACCCACCAUCUCAGAUUGGUCUGAAAUUGUUUCUGUAGUUAGAAACAGAUAAGAUAAGCAUUUCUGCAACAUUAUUUUUUAUAUAUAAUUUGAUCUCUGAGAAAUUAAGCUAAUUGAUUGCACCCAAAUUGGCCAUUUCAAUUUAUAGGAUUCAUAUAAUAUUCAAUAAAUAUAGUACCCAACAUCCAAUUUGCACAAAAACCUCUUCUUAACAAUGACUAAAAUGUGAGUUAUCCAAAUAAAUGGUCAAACGCCACCCACGGACCCCCCUAAACCCCACCCCAAUGGCCAGUGUACAGUAUCAGUUCUCUAUGUUUGACAUGUUGUAUGAAGCUGCGACUUUAUUCAUACUAAGUCAUGUAUUCUCAGUGAAUUUGGAGAUAUUUUUUCCCCCUGUUCAGAUAAAUUAGCCAUUGAAGUCACUUGCAUUUUCCCCAUAAAUUAAGUGAAAGUACCAGAUUUCGCCCACUAGAAGCCGCUGUACCUGCUACUGUCCUUUUAUCCAUUAUAUUAUGAGUUCUAUAAAUUGAAAUGGCCAAUUUGGGUGCAAUCAAUUAGCUUAAUUUCUCAGAGUUCAAAUAGUAUUUCAACAAAAUAAUGUUGCAGGAAUGCGUAUCUUAUCUGUUUCUAAUUACAGAAAAGAUUUCAGAACAAUCUGAGAUGGUGGGUGUUAUUGCUUUCUGAAAUGACAGGUACGACUCACCACAUAUUAGACUACACAUGGAUCAUAGUCACUAGGAAUAUCAUAAAUAAUGUAAAAUAAUAUACAUUCUGAACAGUGUUAAAGGUGUACAAUGAAACAAAAAUGGAUAGGGACCUUUCUUCUAGAUGUGUAAGGGCCUACAUGUUGGCUACUGUAUGUUACUGUACUGCAACAAAGGCCUUGUGUUCUCCUCUGUAGUAUAUUCCUCAAAACAUACCUGUGCCCUGGUGAGGCAGAGGGGGCCGUCCUAGCAGAGCAGCCUGUCUGCCCCCUGUAGUUCCAGCCAAGGGGUCCGGGCCUGCUGCCUGCACUCCUUUCAUCAGAAGCCUGUCUGGUUGGAGUUCCAGAGCGGCUCAGCCCCUGUUCAGCCUCCUGCCCCGCCGUGCAGCGGUUACUGCUCUGACUCUGUAACAUGGCCGCUGCUCGCUGUCGAUCCUUUUGCUGUCUGGGAUAAUUAGGAUUCGCCACCUGGGAACGAUUGGACUUCAAAAAGAGAGGGGGAAUUUACAGACAUCUAGAAAGGAGUGCUUUAAGACCCUUAACCGGCAGAUUAAAGGAAACACUUAGAGGAUGGAUACGCCGUUUUGUCCCGAGGUUCAAACAGAAAAACUUCAAUUGAGGGAGAAUCAUUAAUGACAGUGAUUAGAGGAGAAAAAACUAUAAUUGAACGUCUUUAACCAGUUCAGUCCGUAGUCAAGGGUGAGGGGAGGGACAUUUCCUUUCCAUGGCCGGGUUGCCAGGGCGUUGGUAGAUGUGAGUCCUGAUUAGUGAAAGGCGGGCGAGGCAGGCCGUUAAACGAUGUGGGAUUAGUGCUGGUGUGACUCGGGCGGCUGCAGUGUGCGGAGGAGUCCACACACCAGCUCUGUGUGCGGUCUGGGGUUUACCGCUCCUUUCAUCUCUGACAGACCGGGAGAAGAGAACGAGAGGAACGGAACGGAAAGGAAGGUGAUUGUCAAAAUAUCGAUAGAUAGUGUCCCUUUCUCCAGCAGAGUGUCUCAAUGUGUCCUCAGAUAUACAUGUGAUUGAGUUCUGCCCACACACACAGGAUAAUUACUGUUUACCGUCAGUGACAUGCUAUGGUAAUAUGGCGCCAAAAGGUUCCUCUUUUCAUGUGGGAAAUAAAUGACCUUCAUUGUGUAUUUUCUCUUUGUGCUAAUGCGGUUCUCUCCCUCUGUCCCUUUUCAUUUGUGACACCCGCGCUGUUACAGGCAGGUGUCUGUCUCAGCUUAGCGCGAGCUGGUUGUGAGUGACGGCCACCGCUGUUACAAGGUUCAUUAUGAUGCUGGAUCAGAGCCAUAGGGCUGUGCAGUUUUAUAGCAGGUUCUCUCUCUGGUCCUUUUAGCGUGAUGGAGACGUUUCUCCUCCGGCUUUCAUGUACACUCCUCUAGAGGACAGUGGAUCAUGAGUUUAACUGUGAGACCAACACCAACCUCUAACCAAGCAGUUCCCAAACUAUGUGGGGUUGCCUGAUAUGAAAAAAGUUGCGGGAUAAUUUCCAAAAUCCGGAGAGAAAAAAAUAUAUAUACAAAAAAAUAUAUUAUAAUAUUGUCUUUGCAUCUCAAAAUUAAUGUAAUGUGGUUAACCUUGAAAAUCUAAAUUAAAAUUAUUGAAAUCUGAAAGAUGCAAUUCACCCAGAGAGCGCCCUUAGAUCAUGGGAAAAGGCCGCACUUGACGGUCACUUGAAUCAUUCCCACGGUGAAUGGCUAAGCCCGCUACGCUAUGAAACCACACACUAUUGCAGAGACUUUGAUAUUACCAGCCACAAUUGAAAUGGUGGGGGGAUUGUGUGGCCACAAUGUGUGGGGAUGCAGAGGCACAGAAACUCACAUCAAUACCUGUCAGAUAACGCUGUUGAACGAAUAAUUUAUAGCCAUUAAAAGAAAACUGACUGAACGACUUAAACUCCUCAGUUUAUGCUCUCCAAAUGGACGUUAGCUGUGAGGGCCGAGACGCCCAUGCAUUGACUUUUGUUCGCUAUACAUGUCGGGGGAUGCUAUUCACAACAUUGUUAUGUCUCACAAUUCCCGAGCAUGAAACGGCACAGGGGAUGUUCAGUGUGCUGCGUGGCUAUAUUGACGAAAAACAGAUUCAAUGGGAUAGAAUGGUGGGCUUUUGGACAGAUGGGGCUCCAUCUAUGGCGGGAUGGUGUUCGAGUUAUGAAUAUAUGGACGCUGCCAUAUGGACGCAUUGUAUGAUACACCGAGAGCAACUUGCGGCAAAAGAGCUGAGCACAGAACUCGGACAUAUACUGCAGCAAGUAACUAAGAUUGUAAACUACAUCAAACCACAUCCAUUGCGCGCACGCCUUUUCGCAAAACUAUGUGGAGAUAGGGAUCAGAGCAUGACAAUGUUCUAUUUCACACCAAGGCUUGGUGGUUAUCGAGGGGGAGUGUUGGAAAGAUUUUUCGCACUGAGAGAGGAACUGUUGUCAUUCACAAUGGAUGUAAAAAAAACACAUUUUUUAAAAACUGACUUGGUUGACUGACAUCCUUGCCUAUGUAACAGACAUAUUUGGUCAAAUGAACGAACUGAACCCAAGCAUGCAGGGGAAAUACAAAAACAUUCUACAGAUGAGUGACCGAAUCAGUGGAUUCAGAGGAAAUAAUUCUUAUUGGAGAGCGAGUCUUUCAAAAGCGAACCAUGCCCCCUUCCCUCGGCUGUGCAUGUUUCUAACAGAAAGCAGCAUCAGUAAGUGUCCCACAUGAGUGAUGACUGCUCACCUCCAAUGCUUGGAAGAGCACUUUGGGACCUACUUCUGUUAUGUAUGGUACGAUGUGCUGUACGUCGUACUGUACGUUGUUUUGGUUUAUGACAGUGUGCUGCUUUACGGAUGAAUGGGUUGUCAGAAUGAGUGGCACGUCAUUAAAGGACAGAGUGAUGUACAAUGUGAAACUGUGCAGAUGUGCGUUCUUCUACAGCUAGGCUAGAUAUAACAUUGGCAACGAAGAUGGAUGAAUUCAGCUUACCACCGCCAGCACCAUUCCUCGCCGUGCCUGGUGAACCUCCAGUCCUGUGAAAUAACUGGCUUGAAAGUUUUAACACUUAUCUCGUAGCUAUGGACCUUUCUACAAUCUCCGACAAGCGGAGGACAGCACUGCUCCGUCACUGCCUCGGUACAGAGGGACAGAGGAUUUUCAGAGCGCUUGGAUCGGCUCCAACAUUCACCGCUGCAGUCAGCCUCCUACGGAACCACUUCGCCGGGAAAGAGCAAGUGCUCCUCCGACGCUACCGGCUACGGAAAAGGCACCAACGGCCGGGUGAGUCCAUUCAAAGCUACGUGGCUAAUCUGAGGGAUUUGGCUAGCUCUUGUAACUACGGGACACUUCAGUACGAGAUCAUCAGGGAUCAGUUGAUAGAGGGGACGUUAUGUGAAAAGACAAGGGAGAAACUGCUUUUGGAAUCUGAUAUUUUACAACUUGAUGGAGCUAUUAAAAUAGCACUCCAGGUUGAAGGGGCUUUGGAAUGAUCUACUAUGCUAACAGACAGCUCUGCAGCAUACACUCGGCCCCCAGCCAUUCUCACACAGCAGCUUCAGCUCGAGCAGGCACAUUACAAUGAUCACGCGCUGCGCACGCCCUCCCACGUCGAUAGCUGCAUGCCCGUGCAGCAGGCACACAGACAAACAAACAGAAGUAGCUGUGGCAACUGUGGGGCUAGCUCUCACAAUUCAAGGGCUUCAAACUGCCCAGCCCGUGGGAAAAUAUGCAAGAACUGUUCAAAAUACAAUCACUUUAUGAAAGUGUGUCGUUCUGCCCCAGCUACUAGCUCCACCCAGAACAGGCCCUUAUUUUCAUCUCAUUCUCAACAUGAACACACUGAAAUCCGAACCAUCUCCACCAACCAUGUGUCAUUCAGGACAUGCACUGUGCAGCUGGGCGAGGUGGGUUUGCCUUUGCUACUUGAUACUGGCGCUGUGGUGUCGUUGCUCAACCUUGCCACUUACUACAAGUUUUUCAGUCACCUACCACUCCAACAGCCCUCCACUGCCCUGUGUGGGUAUGGUAGAUCCAAGAUAGACAUUGUAGGCACCCUCCAGGUCCCAGUACACUACGGCACCAAGCAUCUGCCAUCAUUCACAUUUCACGUUGCAAAGCGGGAUGCCAACCUUCUGGGUAUCGACCUCUUCACAGGCUUGGGAUUCACACUGAGCGAUGACAGUGGGUCAGCUAUCCACCAAGUUACCUGCACAUGGCAACAGAACUGGCCAACUCUGUUUGAUGGACUGGGCUGCCUCACAGCCUUCACUCACAGGCCCCUAGUGAACCCGGACGUGACCCCAGUCAUGCAGCCCCUGCGGCGCAUUCCCUUUGCAUGUAAAUGACGUCACAAAAGAUCUCCAGUCACAGUUGGAGGCAGGCAUCAUUGAGCCAGUCAACGCUGCCCCCUGGAUUUCAAACUUGGUCAUUGCAACCAAAAAGUCAGGUGGAAUCCAGACCUGUGUGGAUAAUAAUAAUAAUAAUAUGCCAUUUAGCAGACGCUUUUAUCCAAAGCGACUUACAGUCGUGCGUGCAUAAAUUUUUUGUGUAUGGGUGGUCCCGGGGAUCGAACCCACUACCUUGGCGUUACAAGCACCAUGCUCUACCAGCUGAGCUACAGAGGACCAUCUCCGUGCUGUGAACAAGGCCGUUGUCCCGGAUAAGUACCCCUUGCCUACAGCUGAGGAGCUGACCGCACAAUUUCAUGGUUCCACGAUCUUCAUCAAGCUCGACCUGCGUCAGGGUUAUCUUCAGGUACCCCUCCAUGCAGCUAGCAGAUACCUCACGGCCUUUGUCACACAUGAAGGCGUGUUCAGAUAUACACGCAUGCCUUUUGGACUUAGCUCCGCCCCCAGCUGCUUCCAGAAGGUGAUGAGCACCAUCCUCGCUGGAAUACCUGGUGUGGCGGUCUAUCUGGACGACAUCGUGGUCCACGGCCCUGACCUCCACAUCCAUGAUUAUCGACUCCACAGAGUAUUCAGUGCUCUACUGCGGAACAACCUGACCCUGAACGGUGGAAAGUGCACAUUUGCAGCUCCAGCCGUCGAGUUUGUGGGGUUCCGCCUGUUGGCCAAAGGCAUUACCCCACUCAUGUCGAACAUUGAAGCCGUCCACCGGAUCCCGGAACUGACCUCAGCCUCUCAGGUGGCCUCAUUCUUGGGCAUGAUAGCCUACUACCUCCGGUUUCUGCCCGACUACUCUCAGACCAGAGCGCCCCUUCGCCAGCUCCUCAAGAAGGACGAGCCAUGGGCCUGGACGGCAGCCUGCUCAGAUGCAGUCCGCUCACUGAAGAGCCAGCUCACCACAGCCACAGCUCACUUUGACCCUGUCUGCCCCACCAUUGUCACAUGAGACGCCUCAGCUGGAGCACUAGGAGCUGUCCUCUCACAGCUGCAGAAUGGCGUUGAGAGGCCCAUCGCUUUCGCCUCAAGGGCCCGGAGCCCCACUGAACAACGGUACUCUGUGGGCGAACGAAAAGCACUGGCCUGUGUGCCACAAACUUUCUUGCUGGGAAGAAGUCUGUGUCUCUCAAGGGUUUUGCACUGUGGUCCCGAGUGGCCUGCGUGCGCGUGUUCUAUCCAUGGCGCACGAAGGUCAAACAGCGAUGUCGAGACCUUGUGUGGUGGCCAGGUAUCGACCACGACAUUGAAGCCCUGGUCAGAGAUUGUGCUGCAUGCCUCCUCAGUGGGAAAACAGGACAGUCCGCCCCACCCCCCCUGCAGCCUCUCUCAUGGCCGUCCCGCCCCUGGGAGCACAUCCAGCUGGACAUCUGUGGCGAAAUCCAUGGACACGCAGUCCCUCACCAUCAGCGCUUCCUGGUGGUGGCGUAUGACCACCAAGUGGCCAGAAGUGGUUCCUGUCGGAACUGUCACAACACAGGCCAUCGUGGACAUCCUAGACAGCCUGUUCACAAGGUGGGGCCUACCCCUCACCCUCACCACGGACAAUGGGCCCCAGCUAACCUCUGCCGAGUUCUCCUCAUAUCUCAGCAACAAGGGAAUCAAACACAUCCGCACGGCCUACUACAACCCACAAGCUAACGGAGGGGUGGAACGCUUCAACCAAACGCUGAAGAACGGCAUCAGAGCGCACCUGGUCCAGGGGUGCACGUUUCAAACGCUAAUGCACUACAGAGCAAGCAAACACACAACAACACAGGUCUCCCCGGCAUCUCUCAUGCUAGGUCGUGAGAUGGAACUGCCACUGGACAGACUCAGAACACAGAGAGUAGCAGAACCGGCAACUAGGCGCACCCAAGAAAAGCAGGCAGUGACCAGGCACCAAAGAGCAAUGAAACAGUGUUUCGACAAGGCACACAGGGUGACGAAAUCAAUCAUCCAAGUGUCAGACUGGGUUCGAGCUCGACGGCCUCAGCGGUGCAACAAAAUGGCCUCAUUCUGGUCGGACCCCUUGCAGGUCAGUCGACAACUGGGGCCCGCCACAUUCAUGAUGAGCAAUGGAUCACGCUGGCACGCCAGCUGCCUCAGGAAAGUCCCUGCCCCUCAAGGAAUACGAAUGCCCACAAAACAAACAUACAGGCCAGAGACGCCACCUGAUGGACCUCCUCCACCACUACCACCCAAGCCGCAGCCUCUGUGGGUUCCCCAAGGGCCAGAGCCACAAGCGGUGGCAGUUGAACAAAGGCCUAUGCGGGCAAGAACUCGCCCUGCUCAUCUGGGGGACUACUUAACCUCUUUUCAUUCUUAGGCUCCGUUAGGUGUCUUAGUCAACCUCCAGGUUAAUGGACUGAACUGGCUAGUUUGGAGAGUCUUUCCGUUUAAGGGUUAAUGUUUAUUUCUUACAGGUAUCACUCUAGGUUCCUGCACUAUGGACAUUUUUAUAUAUGGUACCCGUCCCUGGUUUUGGAAAGGGGGGAGAAAUGUUAUGUAUGGUACGACGUGCUGUACGUCGUACUGUACGUUUUUUUGGUUUAUGACAGUGUGCUGCUUUACGGAUGAAUGGGUUGUCAGAAUGAGUGGCACGUCAUUAAAGGACAGAGUGAUGUACAAUGUGAAACUGUGCAGAUGUGCGUUCUUCUACAGCUAGGCUAGAUAUAACAACUUCCCAAUCCAUUUGACUGUGAUCCUGGCUCAGUUGACAUGUGACCGAAUGCUGCAGACAACGCAUUCACGGGUCAAUCAAAGGGCAUACUCUGCUGUCUCCCUCUGAGCAUUAAUGCCGCUUUCAAAACAACUGGGAACUUGGAAAUCUCCGACUUCAGUGCAUUCAUGACAACUGGGAAUUCUGAAAAAUCGAGCUCUGACUGGGAAAAAUAGUUUUGAAUGGUCAUCCAACUCGGAAUUUCAACGCGGGAACUCGGGCCUCUUUCUAGAGCUCAGAAUUUCCGACCUGAAGAUCACUGACGUCAUGAUUUGACCUCGUAAUUUUCUGAGUACCUAGUUGUCUUGAAAGCACCAUAAAACUCAUGGUACCCUUCGCCAGCUCAUAUGUGUGAAGCUGGAAUCAGUGCUCUCGUCUGCAUUAAAACCUAAUAUUGAUCAAGGUUGGAUGUGACAGCAGAGAUGAGGUGCGCACUGUCGACCAUGCCCCCUGACUUUGAGAAGCUCCGACGUGACAUGCAUCAAGCACACCCAUCUCAGUGGUUGUGAGAUAAGAGAAAUUAUGAAAGACUAAUUUGCAAUUGACUGUCAUAGCCCCACAUUAAAAGUAUGUGAUGGUGAGUUGAGAAGACAAUCAGAAAUACACUUCAUGUUUUGCAAUUGACUGUCAUAGCCCCAAAUAAAAAAAAGUUAAUGUUGACUAAUAAUUACAUACUUUUUUUCACAUGGUUGGGGUUGCGAGAAUUUACAGAUAUAAAAAUGGGGACAUGGGCCAAAACAGUUUGGGAAUCCCUGCUCUAACCCUUUGGAGUUCGAUCACACCAGGGUUUAGGAUUUAUGUAGAAAAUCCCAUUCCCAACCAUAGCACACCCCCUGACCGACUUACAUAAUAUAGCUUCCAAUCGUUUUUUCAUACAGUUGAAGUCGGAAGUUUACAUACACCUUAGCCAAAUACAUUUAAACUCAGUUUUUCACAAUUCCUGACAUUUAAUCCUAGUAAAAAUUCCCUGUCUCAGGUCAGUUAGGAUCAGCACUUUAUUUUAAGAAUGUGAAAUGUCAGAAUAAUAGUAGAGAGAAUGAUUUAUUUCAGCUUUUAUUUCUUUCAUCACAUUCCCAGUGGGUCAGAAGUUUACAUACACUCAAUUAGUAUUUGGUAGCAUUGCCUUUAACUUGUUGACCUUCGGUCAAACGUUUCGGGUAGCCUUCCACAAGCUUCCCACAAUAAGUUGGGUGAAUUUUGGCACAUUCCUCCUGACAGAGCUGGUGUAACUGAGUCAGGUUUGUAGGCCUCCUUGCUCGCACAUGCUUUUUCAGUUCUGCCCACAAAUCUUCUAUAGGAUUGAGGUCAGGGCUUUGUGAUGGCCACUCCAAUACCUUGACUUUGUUGUCCUUAAGCCAUUUUGCCACAACUUUGGAAGUAUGCUUGGGGUCAUUGUCCAUUUGGAAGACCCAUUUGCGAUCAAGCUUUAACUUCCUGACUGAUGUCUUGAGAUGUUGCUUCAAUAUAUCCACAUAAUUUUCCUUCCUCAUGAUGCCAUCUAUUUUGUGAAGUGCACCAGUCCCUCCUGCAGCAAAAAAAGCACCCCCACAGCAUGAUGCUGCCACCCCCGUGCUUCACGGUUGGGAUGGUGUUCUUCGGCUUGCAAGCCACCCCGUCUUUUCAUUUUCCCAUGAUGUCAAGCAAAGAGGCACUGAGUUUGAAGGUAGGCCUUGAAAUACAUACACAGGUUCAAUUACAUUUACAUUUGACAUUUUAGUUAUUUAGCAGACACUCUUAUCCAGAGCGACUUACAGUUAGCCUAUCAGAAGUUUCUAAAGCCAUGACAUCAUUUCUGGAAUUUUCCAAGCUGUUUAAAGGCACAGUGAACUUAAUGUAUGUAAACUUCUGACCCACUGGAAUUGUGAUACAGUGAAUUAUACGUGAAAUAAUCUGUCUGUAAACAAUUGUUGGAAAAAUUACUUGUCAUGCACAAAGUAGAUGUUCUAACCGACUUGCCAAAACUAUAGUUUGUUAACAAGAAAUCUGUGGAGUGGUUGAAAAACAAGUUUUAAUGACUCCAACCUAAGUGUACCUAAACGUCCGACUUUAACUGUUCAUCCUUCCUUUAGCAUCUCUUCCCUGUGUUUUAAUGGACACAGCAUUGUGAGAGCUACCCCUACCAACCUAGCACAAGUUCCAAUAUUUGCCAUGGUCCUCCGAGACGGAUUUGAACCAGUAACGAUACCUGAUGACCAUUUUAUUGUUUUGGGAAAUCUCUGGUAUUUUGUUGCCCUUCAGAUGAUAAGGUACACGCUAAGUAGACCUCUGUCUGUGACUGCAAUGGAUAGCCCAUCUUACGUUGUGUCUGACAUGAUUGGAUUACACUGAAUAUUCAGUUGUAAGUUAAUUAUCAUAAUGAUAUUCCUCUAACUACCUUCCCUCCUCCUCUAUCUUGUUCCCUUUUUCUCCAGGCAUUCAUCCGUCCAUUCCGGGAACACCACAUUGACCCCACAGCCAUCACGCGACACGACUUCAUAGAGACCAAUGGGGACAACUGCAUGCUCACAAUACUGCCUCUAGCACAUAUGGCCUACAAGUUCCUGACAUACCAGCCAGGUGAGAGAGAGGGGAUGGACACACACACCCAUGCAUUACAACCUGAUCAAGGUCCUCAUCCAUAAAGGAUGUGUGUGUGUGUGACACAACGCGGAGAGGAGCUGUAGACAGACAGACAGACGCGGAGCACUCUCAGGCCAUGACAGGGUGAUGUGUUUUAUGAGAGACAAGAUGUCAGGGCUUCAGGGUGGCUCGGAGCAAGCCGGAGGUCACUGACCCUGUCAUGAGCCGUGUCACAGUAAGAGGAGACGGGGCGGAGGGCAGGGAAGCCUUGCGGGGUGACAGGGUGACAUCCACACCUGUCAUGUCUGCUGCUGGCUGAGAAUCAGGGUGAGUGGAGAGGGGGACAUGGAGGAACACGUAAGACCAGCGUGAGAGUGUAGCCAAACAGAAACCAGACUCCACCACAACUUUUUAGGCUUUCUAGUCAUCUCACCAACACUUGUUCUCCAAAAUAUGCUGAUAAUACUGUACUGUUUCAUACUUGCAAGUGAAUACCUUAAAUAGUAUAAAGUGGGUUGUUAGUCAUUUACAUGUGAAGAUGCUUCAGACAUACUGAAACCACCUUGUCAUUUUCAAUGAAUGGCACAAUUAUCUCCCUCAACAACAACUCCCUCUCUCCCCCUCUCGCGCUCUCUCUCAGAUGCCCUAGCAGAGACCUACCCCUGGCAGUGCUUUGUGUUUGCACUGGCAGUCUUCGUGACGUUGACCAAUCAGAUCCAUAAAUGGUCUCACUCCUACUUUGGUCUUCCCCGCUGGGUGACACUGCUGCAGGACUAUCACCUGGUGUUACCCCGGAAACACCACCGCAUCCACCACGUGUCCCCUCACGAGACCUACUACUGCAUCACAACAGGUACUAUACACUACUGUACUGACAUAACCGCUUAUUACUUUAUCACUUCAGGUACUACACUGAGUAUGCAAAACAUUAAGAACUCUUUCCAUUACAUAGACUGACCAGGUGAAUCCAAGUGAAAGCUAUGAUCCCUUAUUGAUGUCACUUCUUAAAUCCACUUCAAUCAGUGUAGAUGAAGGGGAGGAGACCGGUUAAAAAAAUAUUUUUAAACCUUGUGACAAUUGAGACAUGGAUUGUGUACAGUGGGGAAAAAAAGUAUUUAGUCAGCCACCAAUUGUGCAAGUUCUCCCACUUAAAAAGAUGAGAGAGGCCUGUAAUUUUCAUCAUAGGUACACGUCAACUAUGACAGAUAAAAUGAGAAAAUAAAAUCCAGAAAAUCACAUUGUAGGAUUUUUUAUGAAUUUAUUUGCAAAUUAUGGUGGAAAAUAAGUAUUUGGUCAAUAACAAAAGUUUCUCAAUACUUUGUUAUAUACCCUUUGUUGGCAAUGACACAGGUCAAACGUUUUCUGUAAGUCUUCACAAGGUUUUCACACACUGUUGCUGGUAUUUUGGCCCAUUCCUCCAUGCAGAUCUCCUCUAGAGCAGUGAUGUUUUGGGGCUGUCGCUGGGCAACACGGACUUUCAACUCCCUCCAAAGAUUUUCUAUGGGGUUGAGAUCUGGAGACUGGCUAGGCCACUCCAGGACCUUGAAAUGCUUCUUACGAAGCCACUCCUUCGUUGCCCGGGCGGUGUGUUUGGGAUCAUUGUCAUGCUGAAAGACCCAGCCACGUUUCAUCUUCAAUGCCCUUGCUGAUGGAAGGAGGUUUUCACUCAAAAUCUCACGAUACAUGGCCCCAUUCAUUCUUUCCUUUACACAGAUCAGUCGUCCUGGUCCCUUUGCAGAAAAACAGCCCCAAAGCAUGAUGUUUCCACCCCCAUUCCUCACAGUAGGUAUGGUGUUCUUUGGAUGCAACUCAGCAUUCUUUGUCCUCCAAACACGACAAGUUGAGUUUUUACCAAAAAGUUAUAUUUUGGUUUCAUCUGACCAUAUGACAUUCUCCCAAUCCUCUUCUGGAUCAUCCAAAUGCACUCUAGCAAACUUCAGACGGGCCUGGACAUGUACUGGCUUAAGCAGGGGGACACGUCUGGCACUGCAGGAUUUGAGUCCCUGGCGGCGUAGUGUGUUACUGAUGGUAGGCUUUGUUACUUUGGUCCCAGCUCUCUGCAGGUCAUUCACUAGGUCCCCCCGUGUGGUUCUGGGAUUUUUGCUCACCGUUCUUGUGAUCAUUUUGACCCCACGGGGUGAGAUCUUGCGUGGAGCCCCAGAUCGAGGGAGAUUAUCAGUGGUCUUGUAUGUCUUCCAUUUCCUAAUAAUUGCUCCCACAGUUGAUUUCUUCAAACCAAGCUGCUUACCUAUUGCAGAUUCAGUCUUCCCAGCCUGGUGCAGGUCUACAAUUCUGUUUCUGGUGUCCUUUGACAGCUCUUUGGUCUUGGCCAUAGUGGAGUUUGGAGUGUGACUGUUUGAGGUUGUGGACAGGUGUCUUUUAUACUGAUAACAAGUUCAAACAGGUGCCAUUAAUACAGGUAACGAGUGGAGGACAGAGGAGCCUCUUAAAGAAGAAGUUACAGGUCUGUGAGAGCCAGAAAUCUUGCUUGUUUGUAGGUGACCAAAUACUUAUUUUCCACCAUCAUUUGCAAAUAAAUUCAUAAAAAAUCCUACAAUGUGAUUUUCUGGAUUUUAUUUCCUCAAUUUGUCUGUCAUAGUUGACGUGUACCUAUGAUGAAAAUGACAGGCCUCUCUCAUCUUUUUAAGUGGGAGAACUUGCACAAUUGGUGGCUGACUAAAUACUUUUUUCCCCCAAUGUAUGUGUGCCAUUCAGAGCGUGAAUGGGCAAGACAAAAGAUUGAUGUGCCUUUGAACGGGGUAUGGUAGUAGGUGCCAGGCGCACCGGUUUGAGUGUGUCAAGAACUGCAACUCUGCUGGGUUUUUCACGCUCAACAGUCUCCUGUUUCAAGAAUGGUCCACCACCCAAAGGACAUCCAGCCAACUUGACACAACUGUGGGAAGCAUUGGAGUCAACAUGGGCCAUCAUUUUUGUUGAACACUUUCGACACCUUGUUGAGUCCAUGCCCCAACUAAUUGAGGCUGUUCUGAGGUCGAAAGGGGGGGUGCAACUCAAUAUUAGGAAGGUGUUCCUAAUGUUUGGUAUACUCAGUGUAUACACUACUCUGUAUAUUGCCUAAGAGGUACUAUACGGUCCUGAACUAAUAUACUUAUUACUACUACAUCACCACAGGUACUAAACCCUACUGUACUGAUAUAUACUGCUUACUACUUUAUCGCUUCAGAAACUAUACACUACUCUGUAUAUUACCUAAGAGGUACUGAACUAAUAUACUUUUUACUACUGCAUAGCCACAGGUAAUCCACAGUACUGUACUGACAUACUGCCUACUACUGCAUCACCACAGGUACUGUUCAGUAUUGCACUGACUUCCUACUGUAACACAUUACUGACAUACCGCCUACUGUAACCACAACAUCACCAUGGCUACUGUAACACAUUACUGACAUACCGCCUACUGUAACCACAACAUCACCAUGGCUACUGUAACACAUUACUGACAUACCGCCUACUUUAACCACAACAUCACCAUGGCUACUGUAACACAUUACUGACAUACCGCCUACUGUAACCACAGCAUCACCAUGGCUACUGUAACACAUUACUGACAUACCGCCUACUGUAACCACAGCAUCACCAUGGCUACUGUAACACAUUACUGACAUACCGCCUACUGUAACCACAGCAUCACCAUGGCUACUGUAACACAUUACUGACAUACCUCCUACUGUAACCACAGCAUCACCAUGGCUACUGUAACACAUUACUGACAUACCGCCUACUGUAACCACAGCAUCACCAUGGCUACUGUAACACAUUACUGACAUACCGCCUACUGUAACCACAGCAUCACCAUGGCUACUGUAACACAUUACUGACAUACCGCCUACUGUAACCACAGCAUCACCAUGGCUAGUAACAGUAAGCCACUGCAAAUUUGCAGAGGAAUUGUCACUGUUCAAACAUUCGUGAUCUCUACAGCAGUGCAGUGUUGAACAGUAGAGGUAAAGGGAUCCACCUACCAAGUGCACUGCAAUAUCAUGCACCAUUCCAUGCUCAUAGCUAUCCCCCUGUGACCUACCACUAGAAGAAAACAUAGAAGUUCAUAUGACAAUGUACUAAACACGGGUGAGCUAACGGCCAUGCUAAUAGAAACAGAUAAAUCAAGAAGAAUUUUCAAAUGGUGUCAUCCAUUGAAAGGUCCAUCCAUUCAUGAUGGCUGCCGUCUGUGGGUGGUAGAUAUAAAUAACCUGGAAAAGCAAUCUGUUUGGUUAUGCAUGUGUGUGUGUGUAGGCAUUAGGCCCCAGUAAGAGAUCCACAUUGAGUAUUCAGUGUGUGUUUGAGAGAGUGCACUGGAGAGAGGAUGCUUGUGCGUCACCCUGCCCCCCUAUGGAAAACAGAUGUGUGUGUGUGUGUGUGUGUGUGUGUGUGUGUGUGUGUGUGUGUGUGUGUGUGUGUGCAGAAGGGUGCGUGUGUGUUUGUGUGAGCGUGUGUGUGCGUACGUGCAUGAGCGCACAUGCAUGUGUGUGUGAACAGUCUUCCUGACACUCCUUCCUCCCCUCGUCUUCCUGGUCCCUAACCUCAGUGGGGGGGAUGUGAUGAGUGGAGGGGGGAGCGGCCACAGGGGAGCACCACAGCUCUGUCCCCGCUCCUCCACCCUCCCUGCCUGGGUCCCCGCGGCCUGCCGCCUGCCUUUGUGUGUGCCAGUGGCUGACAAUCUCCAUGUAUAUUUAAUGCUAACCUGCUGUCAGUGCUAACAAAUAGGCCUGCAUGGGGAGAGAGGAGAAAUCAAACAAACAAGCGGAGCUGCUUUGCUCUCCUCUUGGAGAGAGAGGGUCACCGGAGGGACAGAGGGACUGCAGACACACUGCAGCCACAACACACUCUACUCUGUAUGCAUGCAUACACAGCACUCACUGUAUGCACUCACAGCAUGUGUAUGUACUGUGUGUACAGUAUGUACUGGAUCUCUAUAGGCUAUUUGAUGUGUGUGUGCACAGUGCUUAUAUAUACUGUAUCCCUGAAUGUGUAUGUGUAUUUCUCUAUCAAUACUGUAUGUGUGUGUGUGUGUGUGUGUGUGUGUGUGUGUGUGUGUGUGUGUGUGUGUGUGUGUGGCAAUUCCUAUAUUGCAUCCAGUAUCUUUGUGGAUCCAAAUAAAGUGUUUGUGUGUGUGUGAACGUGCGUUUGCGUGCGUGUACGACCACGUGUGUUCGCUCCCUUCCUUCCUGUGUAUGUGUAAUACUAAAAACGUAUUUGAUGUCCAACCCUCCUGGGAGUGGGUGUCUGAUUCUAAAGCAUGGCUCAGGGUGGAUGUGAGGUAUUUGAGUUCUCAGCAGGCCCUGUGUGAUGUAUGGUGUGUGGAGAUGCAGUACAUAUUUAGAACUGUAAGUGUGUGCAUUACUCUGGUGCCAAAGCCAGAUCUCCUUCCUCUCCCCAGGGAGCAGAGACCCUCUGAGAGCUGCUGUAUCUGCUGCUGCUGCCUGGAACACAGUGUGGUGUGGGGGAUAUGUGCAUGUUUCGUUUGAUAUCUUCCUUUUAUUAACUUGCCUCAUCUUUUUCUUCCCAUUCUCUUUCUUUUUUUUUCUCAUUCCAUCCCUCUCUUUCUCAGGGUGGUUGAACUACCCUCUGGACAAGGUGGGCUUCUGGCGGAGGAUGGAGAGGUUGAUAGAGAGAGUGACGGGUCACAUGCCUCGGAGUGAUGACAUGGAAUGGACCAAGAAAAUGGAGUGA